UAUAUGGAACCCAAACAAAUCUCAAGUGCCUCACUCUCAGAACAUAUUGAGGACUCAAAAGAACAAGAGCUAACUACUAACAAAGAAAGCUGGGAUGACAUAGUUUCCCAAGAAAACCCUUGGAUAAACUCAAACACGUCAACACGAAAUACGGAACUGAGUAAACAAAACAACAAAACGACUCACGUGUCCGAAAAGGAUCUAGAAAAUUCUGGACGAACAAGUCAUGCGGUAACAUCAGCCGAAAGCCCCGAACCUCCUGAAUUAGCUUCACCCUCUCUACAAAAAGAACUAACAGAAACUAAUCCACAAGAGGGCCACCCAAAAGAAGUUUCUGAUCACAACCCAAAUACCAAAGAAAAUCUUGAAGAGAUUACUCAAGACCAGGACUCCCCUGUUCUAAUGGAAAUGCAAACAGAAACAACAACUGCAAAUAACAAUCUGCCCUCUGUUUCACCAGACAACUCGAGCACCAGGGAUUUACAAGAGAGAUAUAAACGAGGAAGAAAAUACUUCACCCGAUGUUGA